UUCAGCAGUGGCAACAUCUCUCUGCUUGGCUUUGCUUUGCUCUCUCAUUUUGUUUCUUUGUCUCAUGCAAGUGUAACCCCUGAAGAAUCUACUACUAGUGUACUAACUAGCUAGGGAAAAGAAGACAAGGAGGAGAGCAAAGAGAAGAGACAAGAGCAUAUCUUUGGAUGCUUUCUUGCUGAAUCCUAGGGUGGAUAUUUAGUACCAUCAGCUUGCUGCUCUCAGCUCAGCCAAGGACAAGAACAGAACAAGAAAGGACCGAGUGAAAAAUCAAGAUGAUGGUGCAGAUGGAGAAGCUUGUGAGGCAGUGCGACAUGGAGGUCAUGAAGAUGGCCAUGCUCAAGCAUGAAGAGACUUUCAAACAGCAGGUGCAUGAGCUGCACCGGCUGUACCGCGUCCAGAAGCAGCUGAUGAGCGACCUGCACUACAGGUCGCCGCCGGAGCUGACCUGCCGGCGGCGCCAGAGGCGCAAGCAGCAGCCCCGCCGCCGGGCGCUGAACCUGCAGCUCCCCGCCGACGAGUACGUCGUCGUGACCGACGUCCCCGGCGAAGCGACGCCGCCGUCGGCCGGGGAGGACGAGCUGGCGCUGACGCUGGCCGUCGGCGGCAGCGCAAGCCGGAGGAGCAGCAGGCGCCGGGAGAGCAGCCCCUUCAUGUCGAACUGCUCGGCCGGGAGCCUGACGACGACGACCACGUCAUCGUCGUCGACCGACUCCGACGGCUCGCUCCGGCAGCCGCCGUGCCCGAGAGCAAUGGCAUUCGAUCUACACGACGGGACGGCGCCGGCGCCGGCGACGCAGCCGCCAUGGCUGCUGAAGCGCCUGAGCCUUAGGAUGGCAUGAGAUCGGAUCGGAUGCUUAGCUAGACAUGAUGUGAUCCCAUUGUAGCUAGCUAGGUCUGCAAGGUUGUAGUAUUACUUUGCCAGUAGUUAGCACACUAGGGCUUUGCGAAUUAGCUAAUCAAUGAGUAGUGUUUGAUGGUUAAUCAGAUCAGAGAUCACCAGUGUUUGAUUCCUUCACCUGAU